GUACUCAACUUACCCAGCGCAGAUGCCGAGGCGGAAGUCGUCGUGGUCAGCAUCAAGAAGGAGGAGAUGCCCAAAGUGGCGCGGCGGGUUCCGAAAGCUUCGGCCAACAAGGCUGAGCAGGCUGAGGAGACUGCUGAAGAAGUCCGCUACGACGGCGCACCUGGCACCAUCACUUCGGAUGGACCGGAUGAGAAGGGCUGCUGGGAGGUGGAGACCACGCGAAAGGGAUCCACGCAUAUCGUCAGAGUUCCGGGUCAGCGCCUCUUUUGGCAGGGUGCUCCUGUCACGAUUGGCGUCGACAGCGAUGAGGCCAAGGAGGAGGCCGGGUUGGUCGCCGCGGAGCGGCCAGAUCGGGCCUCUGGUCUUUGGCUGGUGGAGAUCCACAAGACCCUCGCUUUGCUGCCGGCCAAUCUCCGCGAGAGGAGGCUACCCGGCUUCGAAGAUCUACCGAUGCCUUCCCGUCCCCUGCCCUUGGUGAGGGGUGUGGCAGUGGAGCUUUGCCAGCUCCGGGCCGGUGCGGCCUACAACGGCCUAUCAGGUGUCGUUCUCUCGAGCUGCCCCAACGAGCGCGGUCGGUGGGAGGUGGCCGUCAAAGUGCCGAUGCGCGUGGCGCGCGGUCGUCUGAUGCUGGUGGGCUUCAAGAAGCCCGAGGCAUCGGCAGCCCGAGAAUCCGCCCCACAAAACUUGGGUGAGAUGAAUCUGGAGCUUGGGGACGAGGUGGAGAUCCAAGGUCUAGUGUCGGCACCGAAGCACAAUGGCAAGCGCGGUGUCAUCGUGCAGAGGGUUUUGCCCAAGUCUCCUGGAGGAGCUGCUCCACAUCGAUGGCGUGUCAAGUGUGAGCAAG